ACAGGUAUCAAGUAUAAACUUGAGAUGAAAUCCAUCAUUACACAAAACGUGAUUUUGUUUACUACACGUACAGACCCUUGUUUACCUGAAGGUGCCAUAGAAGUGCAAACUUUCGAGGUCUUUGUCAAUCUUCAGAAACAAUUGAGUUAUUUAUGCAAGACAUAUUUCCCUGGGCAAAAAUAUUCCGUGGGCCUAGUCUGUCAGAUACAUGACGAACACACUUGUUUGUGGAAGGAAAAGGGUCACGUUCAUAUGUACCAUCUGGGAGACAACAAAUCAGGGUUCGAGUUAUUUAAUAAUAUUCCCAAGGGAAUUUCUGCUGUUUGUAAAUGUGACGCAGCCCCAAAGAUGAAAAUCUACCUGUACUCUGGCAAGAUUACAAAGGUAGCUGACAGUGAACGGUCUCAUACAGUUGCCAAGCCGUAUGGGGGAAACCAGUCACAGAAGAAGACACCAGAAUCCAUGCAGAACCAUUCAUUAAAGAACCCCUUGGUGUCCCACCAGGCACAGUGGAGUCUCCCAGCCCCAGGGCCCUCUGUGCCUUCGCAGCAACAGUUGGUUAUGAAAUCCUUGGUGUCCCACCAAACACAGGAGGGUCUCCCAGCCCCAGGGUCUUCGCCGCAACCGUUGGUUAUGAACUCCUUGGUGUCCCACCGGACACAGCAGGGUCUCCAAGCCCCAGGGCCCUCAGUGCCUUCGCAGCAACAGUUACAUGUGAACCCCUUGGUGUCCCACCAGACACAGGAGGGUCUCCCAGCCCCAGGGCCUUCGCAGCAACCUUUAGUUAUGAACUCCUUGGUGUCCCACCAGACACAGCAGGGUCUUCCAGCCCCAGGGCCCUCAGUGCCUUCGCAGCAACAGUUGGUUAUGAACCCCUUGGUGUCCCACCAGACACAAGUUCUCCCAGCCCCAGGGUUUUCAGAAUCUUCGCAGCAACAGUCAAUUCUAAGCCCUCCAUCACAACCGCCAUUAGCAUCAAUAUACCAAGGUCAUGACGAGAAUCAAGUAUUUGAAACCCAGCCUCACAAAGAAAUUGUUGAACAUCAGCAGCAAUUUCAGCAAAAGCAACCUCGUUUGUAUCAUCAACAGCAGCAAUUUGCACAUCCUCAGCAAUCUCCGCACCUUACGUCACCGCAAUCGCCUCAACAACAGCUUCCAGACUCUCAAGCCUUGUGUGCUCUAGGCCAUCAUUUUGGAAGACCAAAUCAAGCCCUGUCACUAUGUGAAGCUGAUUUUACCGUAUUUGGUCAUAGGGCUGCAGUGAUGAAAACAACAGAGCAAUCUAUUAUAAAUGCAAAUACAUAUUAUAUCAACAUCCUACAACAGAGUGGACAUCAGAAGUCGGUUGCUUCUGAACCGCCUGACUUUGUCCAGGUUUUACAAAGGUAUCUGCCUUUGGCGGUUAAAGAUAACUUAGAGGGCAUUUUGAAAAACCCAGAAGUAUGGAGGGCCGUUGUACAUGAACUUCAGCUGAGGGAUAACUGUUGUCCUACAGAACCUGUUGAAUUUGUCUUCUGUCAUUUGCAGUCUUCAUUUCAGCAACUAAUGUUUUUGCUGAGGAAGGUUGGAGAGACAGUGAAGGAAACAAUGAAUCCAUCUGAAAUAGAAGACCUAAUUGAUGAAGUUAAAAAAGCAAGGAGGCGGGAAGUGGAAUUUGAGAAUCUUCGAAAAAACUUAUAUUUCAUGGCAAAUGCUGGGUUGGAAAUUAAUAAACUGCUAGAUUUUCUUUAUUCAGAGAGUAUCAUUAGUAAGUCAGACAUGGAAGAAGUCAACCACCGACAAACAUCAUCAGAUAAAUGUAGUGUAUUAUUACACAAGGUAUUGGACUGUCCAUUGGAUAAGGAACCUGUGAGGCACCUGCUAAACUGGUUUAUUGACGAGGACCGUUAUAAUCUGGCGGCUCUUCUUGCAGUGAAACCAGAGGAUGUACAGGAGUUACCAGUGCAGUAUAUGCGUGGUGCCCUUAGACCUGAUGGAUGCCAGGAUUCACAUCUAGCAGUUAGUCAAAGUCAAGAAAAUGCUGCGUAAUUUUUCACCAUACCAGUGUACUGUAUAUACAGUGUAUGUGAUCGAUCACUUUUUUGAGAGGAAGAUGGGUUUUCAGAAUUAUCUCAAAUCCACAUAUUUGUGUGUUAAUUGAACAUAAUUUUUAUAUGACAGUGUAGAAUUCAUUUGAGUUUUUGUACUAUUAAAUAUACCCCUACGAUCAUAGUAGUAAAAAACACUGUUUGAAGGUAGACACACAGAUGUACAUUGAAAAGGAAAAUCAAAGUGGUGUUCUGAAUACCACAUUUUAUUUAUUUAUUUAUUUUAUCUUUUAUUUCUUUGUUUUGAAUGUCAUUAGGCCAACCAAAUGGUUUUCUUUAAACUAUAGAAAUAGUGAUAAUAUCACAGAAAGGAUGUGUAGACUUUUUUUCACUAAUAAGGAAAAUAUGUUAUAGUCAGUUAAAAUUUGGUGAAAGUCUCUACCCGAACAGCCAGGCAGCCACUGGCUCAUAUGGCUGUGAUUUUCCCAAUUAUUAGACUGAGACUUGAAGGUGUGUACAGUUUAACAAUAUUUUUGUUAAAGUACAGUUAAAAACAAUACAUAUUAAUAAUACACCAUUUUUAAUAUUCAAGAUACUUGGACAAAAAUCUACUUAAUUAGAAAUAUAACAAAUGUGUCACUUCAAAUGCAGCAAAUUAAGAUGGACUGGAAUGUGACUAAUACGUUUAAAAAUUAGUUAUUUAGUACUUGAAAAUUAAUUAGAAUUAAUGAAUAUUAUAUGUUUAAUAUGGGACAGUUGGCCUUUCGUUAGAAAUAUGUUAUGAACUGCAAUGUGAAUAUAUACACUGAUGUGGAAACGGGUAUUUAUACUAAUCACUUUACUAGUACUUAGUAUAUUGUGAAAACAUACACUUUUGUCACAAAUAUAUGUUUGCAUAUUACUGUUACUGUUUAGCUGUUGUGUUGAUUGCAUUAUAUAAGUAGGUUUACAAG